AUGCCAGAAGACUACAAAGCACUCGCAGUCCCCGAAGGCACGACAGGCACUGUCGUCGUCGAGGCGAGCAAAUGGCUUGAGGACAAUCAGUGGAUUCUGGACCUCGCCGCAGAUGAGCCUUUCAUUGUAGGGUUUGUCGGGCACUUAGAACCCGACGACGCGAACUUUGAAGGGUCUUUAGCAAGAUUCUCUGCGAAUCCACUCUUUCGCGGAAUACGCCUCGGUGGCGGACACUUACGCGCAAUCAGUGACAACACGUUCUUAGCCAAUAUUGAAAAGUUGGCAGCGAAAGCACUCACCUUGGAUCUCCUGAUUAACCCUGAAAUGUUAUCAACGCUGCCAACCUUGGUUGAACAUACACCAGAGAUGCACAUCGUCAUCAACCACAUCGCAGGCGUGCGAAUAUCAGAACAGCCACCCGAUCCGAGUUGGGUUUCCGCAAUCCACGAAGUGGCUCGCUACCCAAACAUCUAUUGCAAAGUAUCUGGACUCGCAGAACACACAGGACAAAUCCCCGCACCGACGGAUGUCGAUUAUUACACCCCAACGAUAGAUGUUUUAUGGGAUGCGUUUGGCGAAGAUAGACUCAUCUACGGGAGCAAUUGGCCCGUAUCUGAACGCUUCGCACCCUACAAAGUCGUGCAACAGAUUGUGAACGACUACUUCAGUGCGAAAGGCGAGGCAGUCAAGGCGAAGUUCUUCUGGCAGAAUGCCAAGGCAGCGUAUCAACUCAAAUAG